AUGUAAUAAUAAUAAAAACAACCAAUUUAAGAAAGACGUAGAAGAAGUGGAGCUUUGCAUGCUUAAACCUGUGAAGAAUAUUUAAAAGUACUAACAACCAUAAAAUAUAAUACAGAAAUAUGAUUAAAUUGGACAAAUAAAAAUAAGAGAAAGCUAAAGAAAAAAAAGUUUGUCAGAAUCAGCUUUUCUCAAUUUUGAUUUCAUACCAGCUGAUGACGGAGUUGAGGAUAUUACUUAAUUGAAAAUCUUCAUCUACUCUCCAAAAGUAAAACUCAAUGAAUAAGAAUUCUUGAAAAUAUUGAAACGAAAUAGAAAUCGCUCAAUCACUACAGACAAUAUUUCCAAUAAAUCCUUUACUUUCGAUUUUGAUUUCUUCUAUAAAGAGUAUGAAGUUAAUGAAUCUCAAUUUGGGUUGCAUUUUUGGAUUUAAAACAACAUCAAAAAUAAGCAUUCAUCAUUCUUUCAAUGUAAUUAACUUAACUAUACAAAAAUUUUAGAAUGUUAUUAUAAAGUAUUCAAUGCAGCAAUUCUAUUAUAAAGAGAUACUAAUGUUGAAUAAGACAUCAGAACUGCCAAUCCUAAUUGCAUGAUUAAGAUCUUCCCAUUAGUAAUUUAUAUAUAUAUUAAUAUUUAGAUAGAUGAGUUGCUGAUUGAAUCAUUGCAAUCUAUAAUAGCUGAAGUAAUUUAUAUAAAAAAUAUGAAAGAUAUGCCAUAAUCACAUUAAAUCUUGA